AGCUUCAUGCACCUCGGCAGCAGCUCUAUCACUUGCUCUGGAGUGAAAAUGGCUCCGUCCUUCUGGAAAGGUAUUGUCGGUGUUGGGCUUUUUGCCUUGGCACACGCAGCGUUUUCAGCGGCACAACACCGAUCAUACAUGAGACUGACUGAAAAAGAGAAUGAAACGUUACCUAUAGAUAUAGUGUUACAGACAUUGUUGUCAUUUGUGGUCACGUGUUAUGGGAUAGUGCACAUCUCAGGCGAGUUCAAAGAUAUGGAUGCUUCCUCAGAGCUCAAAAACAAGACAUUUGACACAUUGAGAAAUCACCCAUCUUUCUACUUGUUCAAUCAUCGAGGCAGAGUACUCUUCCACCCUCCUGAGCCAGAAGACACUCCAAGCGCCCAGGCUUUGCCCUCCAAUCCCCUGCGGUUACGCAAGCUGGAAAAUUUUCACUGAGACUGGCCUUCAGUGGGCUGCCUUGCCAUUUUUAUUUUUUUUUGUUUGUUUUUUUUAGAUUGUUUGUUAGCUCCUCUGUUGGAAAAGGAAAAUAAGCAUAUUUUCCUGUCUUUAUGUAUAUCUGAAUAUGCUGUACAAACAUGCAUCUCUUGUGGUUACAAUUUUGUCAAUGAACUGUGCCAACACCUUUUCCAGCUGAUAUGUUUGUAAAUACUUGUUAUCGCUUGGGAGUCUUAAGUCUGUAGGUUACACCUGUAGCCCUCCAGCGGGCUCACAGAAAGGGGGUUUCAUCCUUCUGUUGCACAAAAGGCACAAAUCCUACCAUGUACAAUGAUGGUUUUUGCCACGUUUUGGCCGCGCAGCUGACCCUAACUGCAACAGGUUCUUCCCGGUACUCUUCCAAAAUGAGGUUGAUAUUAUGGACCAUACAUUGUAAUUGUGUUCGGAACCAGUACCUGACUACUGUACUACACAAUUGAGCGUGUUUUGCAAAUAAUCUUGGAACUAAUUAAAAUUAUUAAAUCAUCUGAACGAGGGCCAGAUAGAUGAGUUAGGUUAAUAGAAAUUCUAAUACUGUAAACACUCGGUGGGAUUGAAUGGAACAUUUGUUCUUUGAGGAGGCAAUGCAUUCUGUUUUAUUUCAUGUUGAGAUGCAACUCCUUAAUAGAUUCUGAAAUUGUAGUGAAGAACUUUUAACUUGGAAGAUAUCCACUCUUUUUUUUGCCCAUUUAUUCUAAAAUCAGGAUGCAGUAGUGUGUUUGAAACAGACAUGUUCUUCCCAUCUGAGAAUAUCAUGACGAUGUGAGAUGAAGUGUGUUAAUUUGACUGUUUACAGGACCUGCUAAAUGGUUAGAAGGUUUUAUGCCAUGCUAUGAACAAUUUUAUGUUCUUAUUGGAACAUUAUUUGGGUGUGGUACUUUAACUUGGUUAAUGUAGAGAAUGGGCAGUUGAAAUUGUCUAGUUUAAGCUCGUUAUUAUACUAAUCCUUCGCUAAACCCCUUUUUCUUUUUUUAUUUGGGCCGGAGGAGACCUGCUAAGUAUACCAGCAAUGGCAACCCCUGUGUCUGUACAAUGUUUAGUCUCCUGCUGAUAAUAAUAGCCUAUUAUACUUCCUUUAUGAAAAAUGCCUAUAUGUUGUCAAUACGACUUUAGGGUCCCUGCUGUAUAAGUAGUAGUUUGUUGACAUCAUCAUGAGUUAAACACUUUUGUUGAAGAUCUUAGCUAUUGUGUAAGCUCAAUUUGUUUUAAAUCUAUAAUUGGAGAUAUGUUUGUAUAGGUCUACCAUUUGAACAGCUGUUCUUUGGAUUUGCCUAUAAUUUUGCAUUUUAUGUGCAUGUUGGUCUUGAUUCAUUGCACAGCCUGUGCUGUUUGUUUCGGAGUGUAAUUUCACAGCAUUAGGAAGUCACUGUCGAGGGAUCAUUGUUAGGCUGAUUUUAAAUAAGGCUUAAAAAUGAGAGAUCAUUACUUUGCUAUUAUAUGAUAUGUUCCUAAUUUUGCCAUCUGUUGUCAUUUAGGGGAAGUAAACACAGGAAAUAAAGUUAGCUUGUGAACUACCAAAAAACUUGGUUCAAGACAGUCCCAUGAUAGACAAUCUACUAUACAUUGUGAAGAGGAAAAAAUAAACAGCAAUCUAACAGAUGAGGAAAAUUCAGUAAUUAGACAACCAUAUGUGAAACACUUCACCACCACAAACAUAACAUUGUACUGUACACCACAAGAUGGAAACUACACCAUUAUGAGACUUGGCUACAGCUACUUAAAUGGUGAAUGCUGUUUUAUAAAUUCAUGAGAGCAAUAUUGGCCUGAACUGGAAAAAAAAAAAAAAAAAGAUAAACAAUAGUUACAUAAGGAUGAUUAAUAUUUCUAAAAGUGUCUAAAAAUAUACUAAAUUUAAAUUAGUAUGUAAUUUAUGCCAAAACAUAAUUAAAUUGGGAUUCCAUAUCCUCCUGAGACCCAAGUGUGACUGCUGUGUCCAUUUUCCAUUUCCCUUUUUGAUUUGUAACUAGUAGCACCUAAUAAACAUGCAAAAAAAACAUUUUAGAGCAAAUAGUUUUCCUAAAAACUGAUGCCAACAUAUGUGGACAGAGGGACAAAGUUGUGAAUUUUAAAUAAUCAAGCUGUAGAAAGUCAAAUUUUGUUAUCAAAUUGUUUAAUAUGUUUCCAUGAGUGUUGGUUAUUUUAUGUUUUUGAGACAUUACAGUUGAAAUUAGCAUAAUUCUGAUUCAAAGUAAUGGCCAGCAUCAUCCAAUCACUGCCAACCAUGUUAAAAAAUAAAA